AUGGCUGCAGACGGAAGCCAGAAAAUGGGAGUUGAAAUAAAGGGCGCUAGCCAGGAAGGAGAUGAUCCUUCCCUGCGUGCACUGGAUGACCUCGAGGCGAGUCCUGGGGAAAAACCCAUCGACACUGCCAUUGGUAGCGUCGAGGAUGUGUACACCAUCGACAGCGACAACUCGCCUUUCCCUGAGGUUCGCGCCAAUGUGCCCAACACAGACGAUCCAUCGACGCCCGUCAACACGCUACGCAUGUGGCUCGUGGGAAUCGUCUUCACCAUGGUCGGGACUGGCAUCAACCAAUUCUUCAGUAUGCGGUAUCCCUCAGUAACCAUUUCCUCGCUCGUGGCCCAGUUGCUCGCCUUCCCCGUCGGUACUGCCCUCGCUCGCAUCCUGCCGCUUAAGACAGUUCGUCUUUUUGGCCGUUGGGAUGUGACCAUCAACCCAGACCAUUACUUCAAUAUCAAGGAGCACUGUGUCGUUACCAUCAUGUCGAAUCUGGCGUUUGGACCCUCAUGGGCCACAGAUAUCAUCCAGGCCCAAGUCGCGCCGGCAUUCUUCGAUAUGAAGAAUCCAGUCUCAUACCAGUUUCUCCUUGGUCUCACAAUGCAGCUAUUUGGCUUAGGCAUGGCGGGUCUCUCCUACCGCUUCAUCGUUGAGCCCCCUCAAAUGAUUUGGCCGUCGACUCUGGCGAAUGCCGCGUUGUUUCAAACUCUGCAUUCAAGGUUGAAUCCCCAAGCUAAUGGGUGGAAAAUUUCAAGAUACCGUUUCUUUGCCAUUGUCUUUUGUGUCUCCUUUUGCUGGUACUGGCUCCCCGGCUUCCUUUUCACGGGCCUUAGUACUUUUGCUUUCAUCUGCUGGGCUGCGCCAAACAACACAGUAGUCAAUAACCUUUUCGGGAUGUCAACUGGGCUUGCUUAUCUGCCUCUCACGUUCGACUGGUCCCAAGUUGCCUACAACGGCUCACCUUUGGUGGUUCCUUUCUGGGCGCAGGCCAAUGUCUUUGCUGGAUGGGUGGCCAUAUUCGCCUUCACAGCCCCCAUCCUCUAUUACACUAAUACCUGGUACUCGGCGUAUCUGCCCUUUUCCGGAACCUCAACUUACGACAACACCGGCCAGAUAUACAACGCAACCCGCAUUGUCGACCAGCAUGGUAAUUUUCUCGAGGCGGCAUACCAGGCUUAUAGCCCAAUCUACAUGCCGGUGACUUUUGCUAUCUCGUACGGCUGCUCCUUUGCAGUCAUGUCUUGCGUGCCCAUCUUUAUAUUUCUCAAUUACUGGCGCGACAUUUUUGGUGCCCUGAAACCUGACCGGAAAAAAGACAUCCACGUCCGUCUGAUCGAGCAAUACCGCGACGUGCCAUCAUGGUGGUACGCCGUUCUGACCGUCAUCGUCCUCGCACUCACCAUAAUGGUACAGGAGGUGUAUCACACCGAGAUGCCUGUCUGGGGAAUCUUCCUAGCAUUCGGGAUGGCUCUGGUGUAUCUUAUCCCAACGGGUUCCGUAUACGCAGUAGCAAACCUGAACAGCAAUGUCUUGACGGUGCUCGGCGAGAUCAUUUCUGGAUAUCUCAUUCCAGGCAAGCCCGUCGUGCUGCUCAUCUUCAAGUUCUACGCGUACACAGGAUUGAGUCAGGCAAUGCUUUUCGCAAGCGACAUGAAGCUGGGUCUAUAUCUCAAGAUUCCGCGCCGCACACUCUUCACAGCCCAGUUGAUCGCAUGCAUUCUCGGCUCGCUGACACAAAAUGCAGUCCUGCUCUGGAUGCUGCAUCACGUUGAGGACAUCUGUAGUCCUGACCAGUCGAACGGGUACACGUGUCCACAGGGCAGCGUCAACUUCUCGUCGAGCGUCAUCUGGGGCGCUGUCGGACCAUCACGACUGUACAGCGUAGGCAAAAUAUACUCCGGCUUGCUACAUCUGUUCUGGAUCGGAGCUCUGUUGCCCAUUGUGACCUUUUUCGCCAAGAAGAGAUGGCCGGAAAAUAAGUUCUUGAGAAAUGUACACUGGCCGAUUUUCUUCGCGGGAACCGGUAACGUGCCUCCCGCAACGGGGAUCAAUUACACGUCGGCGUUGGUGGUCUCGCUCAUCUUCAAUAAAUGGAUCAAGGGCAAGUACUCGCAGUGGUGGGCCAAAUAUAAUUAUGUUCUAUCCGCCGCACUGGACUCGGGGCUGGCCAUCUCUGCUGUGAUCAUCUUCUUUGCUGUCAUCUUCCCUGGAGUCUCGGUGAAUUGGUGGGGGAACACUGUCCAGAGCACCACGAUUGACGGCAAAGGCACACCAUGGAAACCCAUCCCAGCAAAUGGGACAUUUGGGCCAGCAGCUUGGUCGUGA